AUUUUUUAUUAUUAUUUUUGGAUAGAAAGGAUUUUCAGGAAUAAUUAUCCCACUAAUAAGAGGCAACCCAAACGUACUUCACACUAAUAACAAUUCCAAUUCCAAUUUUCAAAUCCAAAUCUUUUUGAUUUGGUUCCAAACGGAGCGUAAUUGCUUCACAUACAAACGCCUGCUCUAGUGCGCUCUCACAAUUCAUUCCUCUCCUUCUCUGUCUCUCUCUACCCUGCAAUCAAUCUACGAUCUGAUCUCUCUCACUCGAUUCAAUGGCUGAAGCAUCGGUUGCUCCGACGCCGCUUCUGAAAGAUGAGCUUGACAUAGUGAUACCCACUAUCCGAAACCUGGAUUUCUUGGAGAUGUGGAGGCCAUUCUUUCAGCCGUACCAUCUGAUCAUCGUCCAAGACGGUGACCCUUCGAGGAUCAUCAAGGUGCCGGAUGGAUUCGACUACGAACUCUACAAUCGCAAUGACAUCGACCGAAUUCUGGGUUCUAAGGCUUCCUGCAUCUCAUUCAAGGACUCUGCUUGCCGAUGCUUCGGCUACAUGAUCUCUAAGAAGAAGUACAUUUUCACAAUUGACGACGAUUGCUUUGUUGCUAAAGAUCCGUCCGGCAAAGAAAUUAAUGCACUUCAACAGCAUAUAAAGAAUCUUCUAUGCCCAUCAACUCCCUUUUUCUAUAACACCCUGUAUGAUCCGUAUCGAGAUGGUGCUGACUUCGUUCGUGGAUACCCAUUUAGUCUACGUGAGGGUGUCCCUACCGCAGUUUCUCAUGGCCUCUGGCUUAACAUCCCAGAUUAUGAUGCCCCUACCCAGCUUGUCAAGCCACUUGAGAGAAACACUAGGUAUGUAGAUUUAGUCAUGACAAUUCCAAAGGGAACCCUCUUCCCCAUGUGUGGGAUGAAUCUGGCAUUUAACCGAGAACUGAUCGGCCCUGCAAUGUACUUUGGACUCAUGGGUGAUGGCCAACCUAUUGGACGCUAUGAUGACAUGUGGGCUGGCUGGUGUACCAAGGUGAUAUGUGACCACUUGGGAUUAGGAAUCAAGACGGGUCUGCCCUACAUCUGGCACAGCAAGGCAAGCAACCCAUUUGUAAACCUGAAGAAGGAAUACAAAGGAAUCUACUGGCAAGAGGAGCUGAUCCCAUUUUUCCAGGCCGCUACCCUUCCGAAGGACUGCACCACUGUUCAGAAAUGCUACAUCGAACUCUCCAAGCAAGUCAAGGAAAAGCUUGGAAAGGUCGAUGAAUACUUCCUCAAGCUAGCCGAUGCCAUGGUCACGUGGAUUGAAGCAUGGGACGAACUCAACUCUUCGUCGUCUGAAGUACCCAACGGCACUGGAAAAUAGGAAAUUUCAUCCAUAGUUAUUCUCUUCUUUUGAUAGACAUAGUCAUUUAUCCUGAUCGGUUCAAAAGGACCUUAAAUUAAGAACUUGAGUAUUUAUUUUGCAGGUUGGAGGUUAUUAUUAUUAGUUCGUUUGUUCUUCUGUUAGUGUAGAACAAUAAAAUAUUUAGCAUUCUAUUGAAUUUAGAUCUGAGCAUUGUUUCCGGAAAA